AUGUCUCCGCCGACUCCGCACCUCUCAUCAACACCAAUAUCCAUUGUACCCUCAGCGUCCGAAGUGAAAAGCGGGAAACUCGACCAACGCAAUCUUGAGAUUGCAAUUAGGGCGCUGUCUCGAGAUGGCCUUGUGGUGCUAGAAGACAUGGUCGACCAUGCAGUCUUGGACCGAUUGAACAAGAAGAUGGUUCAAGAUGCACUCGAAUUGCAGGCAAGGAAGGAUAGCCCUUUCAACUACAAUAAAGGCAACAUUCAGCAGGACCCUCCAAUGACCCAGGAGUGGUUCAGUGACGAAAUCUACGUCAACCCGAUCGUUACGCAAGUCACUUCGACUGCGUUAGGUCCUGGGCCGUCGUUGCGCUUCAUGUCUGGCAACACUGCGCUGCCACCAACUCCUUCAUCGCCACCAGCCUCUCAGCCGACCCACAACGAUGCUGACUUCGAUCACUCCUCAAUUCCCUUCGCUCUUGUGGUAAACGUUCCUCUCGUAACAAUGACACCGGAGAACGGCUCGACAGAAAUCUGGCUUGGUACACAUCAAGGAACUACUAUCGCCGAUCAAGAGGGUGAACACGGCGAUCGUGCUAGUGGAAGGAUAAAGCAACAUCUCCUUGACGCUCGUCGCGAAGUCCGACCACCAUCUCAGCCUGUUGUCAAGAAAGGUAGUAUCGUCAUUCGCGAUCUUCGGCUUUGGCAUGGAGGGAAACCUAACUUCGGUGAAGAUCCGAGGGUGAUGCUUGCAAUGAUACACUUCGCGUCAUGGUACCGAAACGCGAUGGAAGUCGAGUUUGCGGAAGAGCUUGCCGAGCGGCUAUCCUAUGAAAAGACUGGUUUGCAGAUCGCUGCCACUUACGUGUCGCGUGAGCAUUUGCUUAAGAACUACCUAAACAGGCCUUACGGCAACGCGUAUGAUUUCGACCAGACCGAGAAAAUUGAGGGCAUCUUCUGA